AUGUCACCAAAGAGCUGUGAGAACCAGAUGCCGCUGUCCGAAGAUGAGUCCUACAUCUGGCUAGAACCCAGUGUCAAGAGGGGCCCUGCCUUCCUGGACUUAGCUGGGAGGUCACCCAGGGGCAGCACACAGCAAUGCGUGGUGCUCGGCUCCGCGCAGGGGUCCAUGUGCUUUGAGUACAAACUGGUGACAACGUCUGCCCUGAAGUCAAGGACUGUACCCAACAGGCCUUCAGCCCUGACCUCCUCUGACCCCGCGCCCAUCAGAUUAGCCGGUGGACAGAUACUGCCGCCGCCCCCUGACAGGAGCAGCGUCCUGCUGGAGGCGCGAGGCCGCGGGGACUGCCUGCUCUUCGAGGCCGGCACCGUGGCCACGCUCGCUCCGGAGGAGAAGGAGGUCAUUAAAGGCCAGUAUGGAAAGAUCACCGACGCUUACGGCUGCCUGGGGGAGCUCAGGUUAAAAUCUGGCAGUGCCUCUCUGAGCUUCCUGGUUUUGGUGACAGGCUGUGCGUCAGUGGGCAGAAUUCCAGAGGCUGAAAUCUACAAAAUCACAGCCACCGACUUCUACCCUCUCCAGGAGGAGGCCAAGGAGGAGGACCGCCUCACCGCCUUGAGGAAAAUCCUCAACUCGGGGGUCUUCUACUUCUCGUGGCCCAACGAUGGGUCUAGCUUUGACCUCACCGUCCGGGCGCAGAAGCAGGGCCAGGACAGUGACGAGUGGGGGAGCUCCUUCUUUUGGAACCAGCUGCUGCACGUGCCCCUGCGGCAGCACCAGGUGAGCUGCUGCGACUGGCUGCUGAAGGUCAUCUGCGGCGUGGUGUCCAUCCGCACCGUGUACGCCUCGCACAAGCAGGCCAAGGCCUGCCUCAUCUCCCGCAUCAGCUGCGAGCGCGCCGGCGCUCGCUUCCACACCCGCGGCGUGAACGACGACGGCCACGUGUCCAACUUCGUGGAGACCGAGCAGACGAUUUACAUGGAUGAUGGAGUGUCAUCUUUUGUCCAGAUCAGAGGCUCCGUUCCGCUGUUUUGGGAGCAGCCAGGGCUUCAGGUUGGCUCUCAUCAUCUGAGACUCAACAGAGGCCUCGAAGCCAAUGCCCCUGCUUUCGACAGGCACAUGGUGCUUCUGAAGGAGCAGUAUGGGAAGCAAGUGGUCGUGAACCUGCUGGGGAGCAGAGGCGGAGAGGAGGUGCUCAACCGAGCCUUCAAGAAGUUGCUCUGGGCUUCUUGCCAUGCCGGCGACACGCCUAUGAUAAACUUUGACUUCCACCAACUUGCCAAAGGCGGGAAGCUAGAGAAGUUGGAGAACCUGUUGAGGCCCCAGCUGCAGCUCCACUGGGAUGACUUUGAUGUGUUCACCAAGGGCGAGAAUGUAAGUCCACGUUUUCAGAAGGGCACUUUGCGGAUGAACUGUCUUGAUUGUCUGGACCGAACGAACACCGUGCAGAGCUUCAUUGCACUCGAGGUCCUUCAUCUGCAGCUCGAGAGCCUAGGGCUGAAUUCAAAGCCCAUUGCUGACCGCUUCGUGGAGUCCUUCAAGGCCAUGUGGUCCCUGAAUGGGCACAGCCUGAGCAAGAUGUUCACGGGCAGCCGGGCCCUGGAAGGGAAGGCCAAGGUGGGGAAGCUGAAGGACGGGGCCCGGUCCGUGUCCCGCACCAUCCAGUCCAACUUCUUUGACGGGGUGAAGCAGGAGGCCAUCCAGCUGCUGCUGGUGGGGGACGUCCACGCCGAGGAGGCCGCAGACAGAGGAAGGGUGCUCCUGGACAGCACGGCCCUGCUGGUGACCCCCCGGAUCCUGAGAGCCAUGGCAGAGCGCCAGUCGGAAUUCACAUAUUUCAAGCGGAUCCGCAUCGCCACGGGGACCUGGAACGUGAACGGAGGCAAGCAGUUCAGGACCAACCUCCUGGGGACGGCCGAGCUGGCCGACUGGCUGCUGGAGUCCCCCAAGCGCUCGGGCCUGGCGGGGUCCCAGGAGGCUGACAGCCCAGCAGACAUAUUUGCCGUGGGGUUCGAAGAGAUGGUGGAACUGAGCGCAGGGAAUAUCGUCAAUGCCAGUACCACCAACAGGAAGAUGUGGGGUGAGCAGCUCCAGAGAGCCAUCUCACGCUCUCAUAGGUACAUUCUCUUGACUUCGGCACAGCUGGUGGGCGUCUGUCUGUAUAUCUUUGUACGUCCAUACCAUGUCCCAUUCAUCAGGGACGUGGCGAUCGACACGGUGAAGACGGGCAUGGGAGGGAAGGCGGGGAACAAGGGCGCCGUGGGCAUCCGCUUUCAGUUCCACAGCACCAGCCUCUGCUUCGUGUGCAGCCACCUGACGGCCGGGCAGUCCCAGGUCAAGGAGAGGAAUGACGACUACAGGGAGAUCACCCAGAAGCUCAGUUUCCCGAUGGGAAGAAACAUUUUCUCUCACGAUUAUGUGUUCUGGUGUGGCGAUUUCAACUACCGCAUUGAUCUCACCUACGAAGAAGUCUUCUAUUUCGUCAAACGCCAAGACUGGAAGAAACUUCUGGAGUUUGAUCAGCUACAGCUGCAGAAGUCAAGUGGAAAAAUUUUUAAAGACUUUCACGAAGGCACCAUUACCUUUGGACCUACUUACAAGUAUGACGUGGGCUCGGCCGCCUACGACACAAGUGACAAGUGCCGCACCCCUGCCUGGACCGACAGGGUCCUGUGGUGGAGGAAGAGGCACCCGUCUGACAGAACAGCUGGAGAUCUCAACCUGCUGGACGAUGACGUAGAUGCCAACAGCGCCAGACAUUCCUGGUCUCCUGGGGCCCUCAAGUAUUACGGCCGAGCGGAACUGCAGGCGUCCGACCACAGACCCGUGCUGGCCAUCGUGGAGGUGGAAGUGCAGGAAGUCGACGCGGGCGCUCGGGAGAGGGUGUUCCAGGAAGUGUCCUCUUUCCAGGGCCCCCUGGACGCCACCGUCAUAGUCAACCUUCAGUCACCAACCUCAGAAGAGAAGAACGAGUUUCCAGAGGAUGUGCGCAUGGAGCUCAUGCAGACGCUGGGCCAUUAUGGGACCAUUGUCCUUGUCAGGAUCAACCAAGGGCAGAUGCUGGUGACUUUUGCGGACAGUCACUCAGCUCUGAGCGUCCUGGACGUGGAUGGCAUGAAGGUGAAGGGCAGAGCAGUGAAGAUCAGACCAAAGACCAAGGACUGGCUGAAGGGCUGGCAGGAGGAGAUCAUCCGAAAGCGGGAUAGCAUGGCGUCCGUGUCGCCAACCGCCAACUCCUGUUUGCUGGAGGAAAACUUUGACUUCACCAGUUUGGACUAUGAGUCAGAGGGGGACAUUCUCGAAGAUGACGAAGACUAUCUGGUGGACGAGCUAAGUCAGCCCGUGGUCUCAGAUGGCGAGAUGACAGGGGACAGCCCUUCUGAAGCCCCCAGCUACCCAGCUGCAGUGCCUGCCGGCAAGUUGCCGGCACUCACUAAAAAGAAGCCGCACCCGACCUACAAAGAUGAUGCUGACCUGGCGGAGCUCACACAGGAGCUGGAAGCAGUCGGGGACUUGCGCCACCGUUCUCCAAGCAGGUCCCUGUCGGUCCCCACUAGGCCUCGGCCGCCUCACCCGCCGCAGAGACCCCCCCCUCCAACUGGUUUAACGGUGAAAAAGUCGGCUUCAGACGCGUCCAUCUCCUCCGGCACCCACGGCCAGUACUCGAUCUUGCAGACGGCAAAACUGCUCCCAGGAGCCCUCCAGCACGCGCCCAAAGCCAGGACGGGGAUAAGUAAACCCUACAAUGUCAAGCAGAUCAAAACCACCAACGCCCAGGAGGCAGAAGCAGCCAUCCGAUGUCUGCUGGAAGCAGGGGGCGUCCCAGGAGCAGCCCUAAAUGCCACAGCCCUGAGGGACCAAGGGGCUUCCAAACCAGAGCCCCCGGUGGCGGGGGCCCCGCUCCUGCCCCGUCGGCCUGCACCCAGGGUGCCUGCCAUCAAGAAGCCGACCUUGAGGAGGACAGGGAAGCCUGAGUCACCAGAAGAGCAGUUUGGGCAACAGACUGUCCACUUUACCAUCGGGCCCCCCGAGACCAGCCUGGAAGCCCCUCCUCUGGCCGCCAUCCCUCCUGUUCCCAAACCCAGAACAUUUCAGCCCGGGAAGGGGACUGACAGGAAGCCGGCGCCUGGGGACACCCCUCCCGCCGCCGGAGCCGCCCCGCCGCCCCCCCCGGAGGCUCUACCCCCUGCACCCCGGGCCCCCCCGAGGAGGAAGAAGUCGGCACCCGCGACCUUCCACCUGCAGGUGCUCCAGAGCAACAGCCAGCUUCUCCAGGGCCUCAGCUGCAGCGGCGGUGACCGUCCCCUCCCGCCCCCGCCUGACCAGGGUGUGCUCCUUCCUCAGCCGGCCCGGCCCGGCCCUUCGUCUGCUGCAGGCAGCCCGGUGGAUGGCACCAAGGAGACGCAGCCAGAGGCCGCCUCCCUUCUUGGUGAUUACCAGGAUCCCUUCUGGAGCCUUCUCCACGACCCUCACCUGUUGAAGAAUGCCUGGCUUUCCAAGAGCUCUGACCCCCUGGACCCCGGGACCGGGAGCCUUGGCAGAGCACACACAGCCCCGCUGCAAAUCCAGGCCUCGGCGGCCGACGACCUGCCGCUGGAGCACGGGCCCAACGACGUGGGUCCCUGGACGACAGUCAGUGACAAGGACAAGAGGACGGUGCUGGAGGUGUUUGACCCGCUGGCAGAAACGUGAGCGGGAGGCGUGCUCUUUCCCGGGCACAGCCCUGAGCCUUGGCCUCCAGUCCCUACCCCCCGCCGCCGCCGGGUCAAAAGAGACCUUUAUUUAAAGGCACACUGAAAACACAGUUGUUCGUCUGUCGCUCUUGUGUAGUUCACAGAAAGUGUGUCUCUAAUUCAACAAGAUGAUGAUUCAGCCACCAUGAUACGUUUUAUUCCAGACGUGUGCGUUUUAGUUUCCUAGAACCUGGUUAGAGUUGGCGUGUGGACUUGAGGAAAGGGAAUCUAGCUGAUAAUGUCCGAGAAGCGCUCUCUUGUUGGAUUUUUAAUGGUUUUUCAAUUUAUGUGUGUAUGUGGUUUUUUAAAAUUUUUGUUUGUAUUUUACAGAUAUUGGGGGUAACUUUGCGGUGAACCACCCAAAGGUUGAGCGAUAAAACUAAAAGGUGACUGGGCCCAGUAAGCGCUGUGUACCUGGCUUGCUGAUCCCAGGUUACAAAAUGAUGAUAAUAGAGUUGGGCGCCCCCAACAGAUCCACCGAAUGACGAGACCAUACUGUCCCGUGAGCCCUGGUGUUUAUUUAUAUACGUGUAAACUGGCCUCAAUCGCGUGGGAGAUGGUGUCCUACGCUGUCUAGGGUCUCAAGCACAUCCCUUUGCUGACCCUGAGCUGAGGCCGGCGGCAGACUCCUUCCUGCGUCGGGUCCUGGCUGGUGCCCGCCGCACAGAGCUACGGCCUUGAGCCCUCGUGGACGAGUCAAGCUGAUUUUUAGGCACUGGCUCUUCCCCAUGAGAGGAAACCUGGUGGCUGCUUUCUCCCCUGACAUUCCGUACCGAGUGAAAGCACACGCCGUGACAACCCAUCCGGACACAGGCUCCUGGUCCUCGCUGUUACAUUAAGAGGAAUAUGCCGCUGUCCCUGUGUAAGAAACCCCAGGGCAGCCUUUUUGGGUUUGCUUAUCUAUUAGGUUUAUUGUUUUUGUUGAUACAUUUUUCUCUACAUUUGCAACACCACUUCUUGCCCUAGUCUGUCAUUUAGAACGGUAUCACCAUCCUAGUUUACAUUUUAAGAAUAAGGUUAUAAGGCAUAGAAUCCAUUUAGAAUGGAUACCAUAUUUGGGGAACAAAGUCACCGGUGAAAUCUUAGUGUGCCACCUACCAUAUUUAGGAGUUUUUAGUGCCCGAGAGUCCUACAGCAGCGAUUCUGUAUUAUCUCCAGUGUGACCAGAGAAUUCCUGCACUGAUGCUCAUGGUUGGGAUGGCGAGAUUCAUUUGCCGGGUGCACCCCUCUCUUUUUACUUAGGGGCUUUCAGAAUUAUUUCUCAUGGCCACUGUCAAGAUACACUGCAGAUUAUUUACACUUGGCGCUCAACACAAAAAUGAAACCACAACUUUUAUUGCAUUUCAUCUGAAAACCAAUAAGAGAAAAAGGUAUGAGUGGCCCUCAGAGAUAAACAGAGCGUCCAUGUAGUUGACCAGUGGCAAGAGGUGGUGUUUCUGGCCUUCGCUGAUGAGGACGCUUUCUGUAGUCAGUACUUCAUACCCGUUACCUCUCCACACCUAACAACACCAUUCUUGAAGACUUAGGGGAAGAAAGAACACAAGAUGGGCAAGCAGCCCAGAGAAGCGAAAUGACUCACCAGGAGUCACUUUGCUACUAAGGGUACAACUGGGAAUGGAAUCAAAGAUUCCGUAAUUCAGAUGUUCUUUCCUCUGUCGCCUCUUUUUCCCACCAAAAAAGAGGUGAAUUUGAAAGCAGGUGUAUGUAUCACAGCAGUGAUUUGCAGCGCUGGAAAUAGGCCUGAUUUUCCGGUUUCUUCUUUGUUCUAGAUGCAAGUAGUCAUAAGUGUGACCGAGAACAGAACUUUAAUUCAGGAAGGUGCUCAUCACACAGGUAGCUCUUAAGAGCCCGACAGUAAGUAUUAAUGUGGAAUUCUUUGGCUCUCAGGAGGCAGGCAAUGAGAAAAAUGGUCAGUUGUUUAGCAUAAAGAAUUGAACAAAUAUUAUGUGAUGAGACGUGUUCAAAUUUAGUGAACAACGUAGACUGAAUUUUGAGGUGACCAUAGGUAAGGUUCACACACCAAUGUUCUCUUUAAAAACUGGACAAUUGGAAUUGACUUGUUUAUCUUUUAGGUCAGGGCUUUGAUAGUUUGUAGGUCUCCCAGGUUCACAGCAGAGUCGGUUGAGUAAUCUGACAAUGAGCAGCCACCAUCCUGGGGAUUUCGUCCUGUGGGCUUUUUACUUUUGGUCUUUCUCUGCUCCUGCACGGGCCGCAAGGUGUCUUCAGUACCACUCUGUAAGAUGGCACAGGUCACCGCAGAGAAUUUGAGGCACAGAACUUUAAUUCAGCAUUGUCUCUGUGACCCCCGUUCUAUAAUAACUUUCCCAACAUAAUCUUCUCUUACCUCUUGCCUAUCUUUAAAGUCUGUUCCAGUAAAUGACUGAAAUUAGGACAUCUGCCCAAGCAAUGCCUGUAAAAGUUUAAAGUUGUUGAAAUUCAGUCUACAAUAAAAUUCUCCUGAUGCGUAGAUGUGCAAAGUAAUGUGUUAAAACAUUUGCUUUAUAAUGAAGCAUUUAUAUCAGAAAGCUACAAAAAUUAUUUAUUGGGUGACUAGUGAUUAAUAAAAACCCUGUAAUGUUUAUUUGAAGUGAUAAUUUGUACUCCAGUUGUAAAAAAAUGCCUAUUAAAUAUUUUGUUUUUUAA